AUGGUUGAUCUGGACUGCUACUGUAGAGAAGGCAGAGACAGCUAUAUUGCUAUUGGCCUAGAGGGCUCGGCAAAUAAAUUAGGGGUGGGAAUAAUUAGACAUGGCAAGGGUGCUAUUUCACCUAGCAAUCGUGCUGAGGUUUUGGCCAAUAUUCGUGAUACUUAUAUCACACCUCCUGGAGAAGGUUUUCUUCCUAGAGACACAGCAAGACAUCAUAGAAACUGGGUUGUGCGACUAAUCAAACAAGCUCUUCAGGAAAGUGGUGUUGGUAUUGAUGAUAUCGACUGUAUUUGUUUUACUCAGGGGCCUGGUAUGGGUGCUCCCUUACAAAGUGUGGUAAUCGCUGCUCGAGCUAUUAGUGUUAUGUGGGAGAAACCAUUAGUAGGUGUGAAUCACUGUGUGGGUCACAUUGAAAUGGGACGAGAAAUUACUGGCGCUGAUAACCCUGUUGUACUAUAUGUUUCUGGUGGUAAUACACAAGUUAUUGCCUACUCGCAUCAAAAGUACAGAAUUUUCGGAGAAACUCUUGACAUUGCUGUUGGAAACUGUCUGGAUAGAUUUGCAAGAACGUUAAAGAUCCCAAAUGCUCCCAGUCCUGGAUAUAAUAUCGAGCAGUUGGCCAAAGAGUAA